AUGGCCGAGGUCGUAGUUUUCGACUUGGAAUUGCAAAACAACGAGGCUCAUCCCGUCAACGGGCCGAAGAACAACAGCGAUUCCGACGACGAAUUACUCGAAAUCGAAGAGGCAUGUUAUGCUCAAGAACCCAACAUUUAUGACUAUGACGAAAAGUCCAGUGAUGUAGAAACAUUAAAGUUAUCAGAAAGAACUGUAAACCUUACCAAAGAAAAGUUAACUCCAGAUUGUUUCGAGAUAUUGAAAGUAUUAGGAAAAGGAGGUUAUGGAAAAGUGUUUCAGGUUCGCAAGAGGACUGGUAAUGAUACAAAUCAAGUUUUUGCCAUGAAAGUCUUACGUAAGGCCACAAUUGUUAGGAAUUCCAAGGAUAUGGCUCAUACGAAAGCAGAACGUAAUAUACUCGAGGCUGUAAAGCAUCCGUUUAUAGUCAGUUUGUUUUAUGCAUUUCAAACAAAUGGAAAACUUUAUCUUAUUUUGGAAUAUUUAAGUGGUGGUGAACUUUUCAUGCAUUUAGAACGAGAAGGAAUAUUCUUAGAAGACACAGCAUGCUUUUAUCUGGCAGAAAUUAUUAUUGCAAUACAGCAUUUACACAGUCAAGGCAUAGUUUACAGAGAUUUAAAACCAGAAAAUGUAUUAUUAGACCAAGACGGUCAUUUAAAACUGACCGAUUUUGGUUUAUGUAAAGAACAUGUUCAUGGGGUCAGUGUAACUCAUACAUUUUGCGGUACUAUUGAAUACAUGGCACCAGAAAUUUUAACUAGAAGUGGAACUCCCCCUUUUAGUGCUGAUAAUAGAAAAAAACUAUUGAAAAAUACUUAG